GGCUGCAGGUGCCUGGGAAGGGAUGGAGCCCGAGGCCGGCGACCACGGCCUGGCCUUCCGCAGUCUCCACAGCGGCUCCGGGGAGAUGAAGCUGCGGAAGAGGAAGUCCACGCUGUACGUGAAUACGCAGGAGAAGCGCUCUCAGCGCGGCGGUCUUCUUGGAGAAAGCAUUUACCUGGUUUUGUUUACCGUUGCUCUGCGAAUACUUAACUGCUUCCUAGUGCAAACGAGUUUUGUUCCUGAUGAAUACUGGCAGUCUCUUGAAGUUGCACACCACAUGGUCUUCAGUUAUGGUUAUCUGACCUGGGAAUGGACAGAAAGACUGAGGGGCUACACUUACCCCCUCAUCUUUGCAAGCAUUUACAAGAUUCUGCAUCUUUUGGGGAAAGACAGUGUUCAAUUGCUGAUCUGGAUUCCCAGACUGGGCCAAGCCCUUCUCUCUGCUGUAGCGGAUGUAAGGCUGUACUCGCUCAUGAAGCACGUGGGAAACCAGGAAGUGGCCCGAUGGGUGUUUUUUUGCCAGAUGUGCUCCUGGUUCACGUGGUACUGCUGCACCCGAACCCUCACGAACACCACGGAGACCGCCUUCACUGCAAUUGCCCUCUUCUACUAUCCCCUGGAAGGCUCGAGGUCCGUGAACAGUGUCAAGUACUCACUCCUGGUUGCACUUGCUUGCAUAGUCCGCCCCACAGCGCUCAUCCCAUGGGUGCCGUUACUCUUCAGCCAUUUCUACCAAGAGCAGAGAAAGCGCCAUCUGACCCUGCGUCACUUUUUACCUGUAGGACUUAUAACCUUCAGUUUGUCUCUGAUAAUUGAUCGCAUCUUUUUUGGCCAAUGGACAUUGGUCCAAUUUAAUUUCUUGAAAUUUAACGUGCUGCAGAAUUUGGGGACAUUUUAUGGCUCUCAUCCAUGGCACUGGUACUUCAGUCAAGGGUUUCCAGUUGUCCUGGGAAGCCACUUGCCCUUCUUCGUCCACGGCUGCUUCCUGGCCCCAAGGAGGCUGCACAUACUACUGCUGACCGUGCUGUGGACACUGCUGGUGUACAGCAUGUUGGGCCACAAAGAAUUCAGGUUUAUCUAUCCAGUUUUACCAUUUUGCAUGGUGUUCUGUGGAUACUCACUAGCCCACUUGAAGGCAUGGCGGAAGGCAGCUCUGAGUUUCCUGCUUUUGUCAAAUAUGCUGCUGGCUCUCUAUACUGGCCUAGUUCACCAGAGGGGCACUCUGGAUGUCAUGAGUCACAUUCAGCAAAUCUGCCCCAGAGGUCCUGACCCAGCUUCAGCCUCCGUGUUCAUCAUGAUGCCUUGCCACUCCACUCCUUACUACAGCCACGUUCACUGCCCACUGUCCAUGCGGUUUCUCCAGUGUCCUCCAGACCUGACUGGAAAAUCCCAGUAUCUUGAUGAAGCAGAUAUGUUCUACCUAAAUCCCUUAAGCUGGCUACAACAAGAGUUUCGAAGCAAUGCAUCUCUCCCCACUCACUUGGUCACCUUCAGUGUUCUGGAGAAGGAGAUCCGCGCCUUCCUCACUUCAGGAAGCUAUGAGAGGACCGCUAUUGUCUUCCAUACGCACUGGCCAGAGGGUCGGACUGGAAGUCACAUACAUGUCUAUGAACGACGGUUACCCGGCAGUGUCGCCACAGGAGGGAGUGAACUGUGAGGACGGCUGCAGAGAUGCU